AUGGAGCCAGCGACUGAGGAGGCCGGGCCGGCAUCGCAGCCGGCAUCGCAGUCCUCGCCACCGGGUCUCCCACCCAGCCCCGCCCCCGCGCCCACCGAGUCCGAGUCCGCGCCCGAGCCCGACGCCAAUGGUACGAUCCAAUCCCCGUCCCAGAGUCCCGCGUUGUCGGCCAAGUCCCGCCCGCCGUCGGGUGUAGUGCCGCCCUACUGGCAGCGGCAUGGGCGCAACACGUCGCGCGCAUCGCAGAUCUCCGUGGGCCGUGCCGCGCCCAUCACUCUAGAAGAUCAUACCACCGACCCGGACUCGGAGACCAGUCGCGGGCUCUGGGCGAGCAGCGUCUCGGUCGAUGACCAUGUCGUGGUGCAGGGCAAGACGGGGGUGGGCGCGUAUGUGGUGUGGAAUUGCUCGAUCCAGACUCUUGAUGGAGGUCCUAUAGUUGUUCGAAUGAGAUACUCCGAGUUUGAUGAUCUGCGCCAGCGACUCGUCACUUCUUUCCCACACGCCCGAAGCGCGCUGCCUGCUCUUCCUCCAAAGAGUGUUCUCUUCAAAUUCCGACCUAAAUUCCUCGAAUCGCGGCGCGUAGGCCUGGAGUAUUUUUUGAACUGUGUCCUGCUGAACCCGGAGUUCUCAGGCUCACCCAUCGUCAAAGACUUCCUCUUUGGCCGACUCUGUUAG